UCUUUGUUUUUUGACGUUCUGUUUCUAUUAUUUAAGUUAUUAACAAAAAUAUAAUUAUUCCUAAUGUAUCUUUAUUUAAUAAUCACAUAACGUCGUACCAAAAAGAUCUGUGUUCCUAUUUGUGUCAUGACUGAUUUGGAAAGUACGUGUGUAAACGCCCCAAGUGAACAAUUAAUUACCAAGGAUACAAACGCCCUAAAAAUAAAAAAUAAUUUAUUGAAAAAUGGAUUUAAAUUGGCUUUGAACCGAAAAAAUGGAUAUCAGAACAUUCUCUCGAAAAGUAUUGAAGAUUUACAUUGUCAGAAAUUAAUUAGCGAAAGUGAUUCUCCAAUACACGAAUCGAAAGAUAUUUUAACAAAGAAAUCUAGCUCAAAUGGAAGUCCAACAAGUGAUAAUUGGUUUAAAACUUGGCCGGAACGAUGUGAUAAAGUAAAAAGUGUAGAAUCCAGUCCUGAAAAUACCAAAUGUCAAAGAAAAACAGUUAAUACUCGUGAAGAAACCUCAUGUAACAAGUUGACACUCAAUGAAGCAUUAAAAAACAUAUCACUAGCAUAUAGUCCUCUAACUAAGCAGUUACAUUUUGUAGAGAGCAAUACAUCUUUUGAAUCAACUAAAUCAUCAGGCAAUGAUACAUUUCACAAAGAAACUGAUGAUUUUGACAAUAAUUUUUUAUGUAUCGAAGUUGAUAACACUGAACAAAGUUUAACUCAGGAAUCUCUAAAUAGUGUUUGUAAUGUAUCAAAGAAACUAGGACAUCGAAGAAUACAGGAAGGGUCUUAUUCAAGUACAAUAUCAACUUUAAGUGAACCCUCUACAUCUGGUAGUUUGAUAGGUAGUGAAGAUCGAUCUCUUUCUAAUUUUGAAGAUGAUAAUUUAACUGAAAAUAAGUCAAGAAGAAAAAGUCUUACACACUUUCUUACUAAGAAUGUGUUUUCUUGGAAGUCGGCAGUAGGAACUGAGAACAAUAGUAGUGUUUGGAAAAUAUUUGGAAGUCGCUCAAAUCAGUGUGCUAAUUCACCUCUACAUACAGUCGCCAGUUCUUCAGCUCUAAUCCAGUUAAAGCGUCCAUCAUCAUUGCCUGCAAAAACUGUUGAAGAAGAGCAGAGGCAUGCUCAAGAAUAUAAUGAGAUAUUAGCUGCUGCAAAGAAAAAAGAAGCAAAGACUUCUGCAGCCAAGGAAAAACAAAAGAAAUUGCAGUUGCAACAAGAAGAGCAACAAGCAAUUUCAACUAAACAUUUUAUACAAAAUGUCUUGCCAAAUUGGAACCAAAUGGAGAAAAAUAAAAGGACACAAGAAUUAUGGUGGCAGGGUUUGCCAUCUAGUGUAAGGGGUAAAGUGUGGCGAUUGGCAAUAGGUAAUGAGCUGAAUAUUACACCUCAACUCUAUGAAAUUUGUUUAACACGGGCUCAGAACAGACUGAACAGUCCAGAACCUUCCCAAAGUGAUUAUGAGAAUGAUCAGGAGAGCAGUAUGGAUGUCAUUGAAUUGGAUAUAUCGAGAACCUUUCCAAAUUUGUGUAUUUUUCAACAAGGGGGGCCUUAUUCCGAAGUUCUUCACUCACUGUUAGCAGCCUAUGUUUGUUUUAGGCCAGACGUUGGAUACGUGCAAGGAAUGUCCUACAUCGCCGCGAUACUCAUCCUCAACAUGGAGGCGUGCGACGCUUUCGUCUGCUUCGCCAACCUGCUCAACCAGCCGCUCCAUCUGUCGGCGUUCACGCUGAACCAGGAUCAAAUGAACGCCUACUACGCCGCCUACAAUCAGGUGUUCAACAGUAACCUGCCUCGCCUGUAUUCGCACUUCGAGAACGCUGGUCUGACGCCGGAUUUGUACUUGCUGGAUUGGAUAUACACGGUGUUCGCCAAAGCCAUGCCGUUGGACGUCGCUUGUAGGGUCUGGGAUUUGUUCUUGAGAGAUGGGUACGAGUUUGUGUUCCGGACUUCUUUAGGCAUUCUCCAUUUGUACCAAUCCACAUUGCUGACAAUGGAUUUUCUCCACGGAGCGCAGUUUCUCACCAGGCUUCCAGAGGACAUGUCUUCAGAUCAAUUGUUCAAAAGCAUCCAGUGCGUGUCAACGAGUAUCGGCAAAACGUCAUUUGCCCAAAUUGUAGAGAAAUGCACCUGCCUGACUGAUUUGUAUAGAUAGUUGUAAGUAAAAAAGAAUUAAGUAAUAAUAUUCUCUGGCCCUCAGGCUUAUCAGUGGUUUGGCUUCUUCAUUGGCCAAAAUUAACAUUCCGCUGUAUUUGAAGUGAUAUUCAAAAUUAAAAAUUAUUUAUUUCUAUCUAGGUAAAUUUACUGGACUGAGAGCUUUGAAUUAUUUUAUCAUUACAAAUAUACUGCUAUGAUAUUUUUAAUAUACAUAUAAGCAAUAAGUAUCAAGCAAUAGUAUUUUAUUGUAAUUUUGUUAAUGUCUCUUUUUUUCUAGCACAGCUAAUAUUUGUCUUACAAAAAGGUUUAUUCAUACUUACUAGUGUUGGAUCGUGUUCAUAUUGGUACCGUUGAAGCGGUAAACUUUACGCGUAUAAUACACACCUAAUAUACCGUGUUUUUCAUAAGUUGGUCACCCCCAUAACUUUUACUUUUUCGCACAAAAAAAUAGUAUAUUAUUUUAUUAGGAGUAAAAAUGACACUUUUUGUGGCGAGGCUGUACGUUUGGUUUGGUUUGGU